AUGUUCGCGUACAUGAAGUUUGCGGCGCCAUGCGCACGUCAUGAAGACAAAGACAUUGUGAAAGUUAACAAAAUAAAAUCUUUCAACAAGGCCAAUUGGCAUAAAAAUAAAUAUUACAAAGUUCAGUGCGGGGAAACAAAAUGCCAAGGGCUCAUAAUUUUCGUUGAAGAUAGUCUGGAAGAAGCACAAGCUAAAAUAUGUAAGACGAAAAGAAUAAUAGUGCUAGCAAAAAACAGAAUAGAAGAGGCCGACGAUACCACCACAACGGAUACCGAUGCUGGCGCCAUUAUAAAGAAUAAGAAAGAUCAAUCGGCAGACAUACGAACCGCGUUGCACGCAAAAAUAAAAAAUAUCUCCAAAUCAGCCGGCGGUAACAUGCGCGAGAAAGAAAAACUCUCAUCACCGAAGCAGCUCAUAUCUACUACCACAAACGAAUCUCGGAAAAGAAACAACUUGGACUCCUCAUCAGACAAAUUGGCGAAAAAAGCCAAGCUCACUGCAGCCUCUCAUGCUAAUCUCGAGAAAGAGUUAAAAGGCCAAAAGCUGCACCUUCUGGAGAAAGAUGGCGAGAUUAAACGGCUGACGCUUUUGUUAGAAGAGGCGACGUCAUUAAAUAAUAAUUUACAACAUAAAGUAAUUUCUUAUUUCAACAAAUUCAAAGCCACAGCUGAUAAAUUGGACGAGUUAAAAAGUCGCAAGGGAGCCAAUACACUGCCUGUGGGCUACAUUCGUAAGAGCAACGGAACUAUCCACUUAGGGAGAGAUAUUUGGUUAUCAACAGAGGCGUACAACUCUGCGGUUGCAAAGCCGCGAUCGCUACAAAUCGUAGUGAAGAAUCUGGCCCUUGCUGUCUAUGGACUGAAGACACUGAUGGAGUCAAGUGUUUCAAGACAUGUCAGCAACAAAUACAGGAAUAGGGCACCAAAGAAAAAAUUAGACGACCGACGCAUGCUGGCAAUUCAAGACAUAUACCGAUAUUGGCUGGUAAACGAAAAAAAACUACCCGCAAUUGAGGUAGAUAUUGAGUGUCGCAACGUACCACAUUACAUCAGUAAGAAAAUCAGCGAUCUUAAUAGGGACACUGAUAAGACGAAGGGAAUUGUUGCUAUUCGGAAAACUGUAAGAAAAGGCAGAAAUCGAACUGCGCAAAGUCGUGUAAACGAGGCCGAGGAGGAAGAUGUCGAGGUGGACGAAAUCAAGGAGGAAGACGUCGAGGAGGAAGAUGUCGAGGAGGAAGAUGUCGAGGAAGAAGAUGCUGUAAACGGUAAUAUGGAACUAAUAAUCUGA